ACAAGAGGCACUUUGUCUCGGUGGAGGGGGUGUUGACAGGAGAAAGAGGGGGGAGGUGGAGGGAGACUGAAUUGAACUGGCCCGGUGAUCACUUGCACCGCAGACCCCGCAGCAGGACGAGGACAGCGGAGGCCCCAAGGAGAGGAGAGCACCGGAGGGCGGGAGACACAGGACCAACGUGGACCAGAUCGGACACCCACGGAGACACCUUGUGGUAAUUUGGAUACAGAGGGACACCGGGCGGGGAGGGGGGCCCGUAUGAUUCCUCUCAGUCCGGCUGUAACGAUGGUGGUGAUGCACCGACAGCAGAGCGGCGGAUUCCUGCAGACACACUGCACCACAACCCCGCAACCGAGUGUGAGCUGCUGCUGCCCGGUCAGACUUGCUCGCUUCUCUCCAUCAGAGCCUCACCGACGCAUCACAGGAUCCCCACACCGAAGCUUGACCCAAACAACCGGGUAGCAGCUUACCUUGCAGGCUCCAUUCAUACUCCGCCCCGUCUGCGGGAUGAGACGGGGAUUUGCGGCGGGACGCAGAGAGCAGCUUUGAACCGCUUCACUGCACCGGGGGGGUUGAUGUGCAUGCACCGGCUGCUUUGAGCAUUAAGACAAGAUGUUGGUGCGAUGCUACCGGGGCAAGCUGUCGGUGUGGGCCGCUCUGUGCGUGCUGGUGCUUUGCUGGUUUUACAUUUUCCCCGUCUACAGACUCCCCCGCGAUAAGGAGAUAGUGGAAGAGGUGCUGAGGCAGGGGGAAGUGUGGCAGAAGAACCAGACGGGCAUCGAUUUGUACAGGAAGCUGCUGACAGAAUGCUGCGAUCCUCGGAGGAUGUUCGCAGUGACCAAGGAGAACUCGCCGAUGGGCAAGGUCCUGUGGUACGAUGGCGAGUUUUACCACUCGCACACCGUCAACAAUGAGACCUACCCGCUCUUUGUGCAGGACAACCCCCUGCAGCUGCCCCUGAAGAAGUGUGCAGUGGUGGGCAACGGUGGCAUUCUCCGGCACAGCAAAUGUGGACAGGACAUCGACCAGGCCGACUUCAUCAUGCGGUGCAACCUUCCACCGCUUUCAAAGGAAUAUGUGGAGGAUGUUGGAACCAGAACACACCUGGUUACAGCCAACCCCAGCAUCAUAGAGAAAAGAUUUCAGAACCUUCUGUGGUCCAGAAAAGCUUUUGUGGACAGUAUGAAGGUCUACGGCUCCAGCUACAUCUACAUGCCGGCGUUCUCCAUGAAGCCUGGCACCGACCCGUCACUGCGGGCGUAUUACGCCCUUGCGGACACGUCCUCCAACCUCACCAUGCUCUUUGCCAACCCGGAGUUCCUGCGCACGGUGGGAAAAUUCUGGAAGGCCCGCAGCGUGCACGCCAAACGCCUCUCCACGGGGCUCUUCCUGAUCAGCUUGGCCCUGGGGCUGUGCGAGGAAGUGACGGCCUACGGCUUCUGGCCAUUUUCCGUCGGCCUGGACGAGCAGCCAGUCAGCCACCAUUACUACGACAACAUCCUGCCCUACAAGUGGUUUCACGCCAUGCCUGAGGAGUUUGUGCAGCUUUGGCACCUGCACAAAAGUGGCACGCUGCGCAUGAGAGUGGGACGCUGCUCCCCACAGGAAGGAGGGAGUUAGAGCUUCUCGAUGAGUAAAGCGACAGCGGUCAGUUGAAGUUUAGUGGGCUACAGGAAGCAGAUGAAGACAUUGGGAUUGUGAAGUGGCAGGAAGUUGUCGCCAUGACAAAAAAUGGGUGCGCUUAUUUCCUCUGAGGAACUUUGGCACUGCAUCUGUGUCCAUACACACUCCUGCUGCCCCCCAAGCUAAUCCCUAAUUAUCAUAAGAAUGUCCUCCACCCAGACCAGCAGCAUCAGGGACAAAAUACACACUAACACAUGUAGCCAAACACACACACACACACACACACACACACACACACACACACACACAUUCCCAAAACUCGCCAUAUCUCCUCCCCUUGUUUCUGAAAUUGUGUGUGCAUGGAUGUUUGUUUGUGGAAAGCCUCAGCUGGGACUAAUAAGGGUGAAAAUGUGUGCGGCUGGAUGGGUUUUUUUUCUGUUUUUUUGUAAGCUGACUACUGUAUCUGACUGACAUAUGGGGCAGCUGGACCAAACCCCCCUCUGGGUCUUUGUCAAACACAGACAGAAGGAGUGGAGGACCAGGGGGAAUAAAAAAAGGCACUGAAAGACUUGCGAAAUGGGAGGAACAAGGGAGAGAUAAUGGUAUCCUGGUACCUAGUAGCUUGAAUAGGGCUGAAAUUUAAUGGAGGAAAAAAAAAGACUGGCAGGGGGGAGAAGGAGAGUGAAAGCUGGCUGGUAUGUGUAUGAAAGGAUUUUUCUCUCUCUGCUUUUCUUCAACCGAGUGCUUGAUUGGCAUUCUCUGGUGCCAAACCGAGCUUUAGUUCAAAGCGGGAGCCAUUAGAGAUGGAGUCUUAAGUACUAUAUAGCCUAGAAUGUUUAGCCAAGUUGCAUUUGAACCCUUCAGUGAAAAGGGAAAAUGAGUACACCCGGGCGUCCACGUAUUGUUUUUGCCAAAUGUGAUUUUCAGGAUUAAUGUGAGUUCUUUUUUAGGUUCAUCAGAGGCCAUGAAAAGAAGGGAUAAAGCGUUGACAACGUAUGUGUAAUCAGAAAUGAACAUUUGCUGCAAAAAAGACCUCACACAUAGGUACCUCACCUCGAAGUGGACAUCAUCACCGACAGAGUAUCCUCUACUACACAAUGUAGUGUCACGUAUCUGUUUUACGAACUUCAUGUCUUUUUACUUCCUGUCAGAUCGACAUUUCUUAGCCUCUGAUCUUAGUGAUCGCAGUGCUGUUUAAUUUCUAAAUUAAUUACUUUUUUCACAGCUAACUUGUACAUAUUAUUAAUAGUAUUUACCGUUUGUGUUUGUACAUAGCGUUAUUGAUCAUUUUGAUAAUCACAGCAGUUUUUAGCAUGGUUAGCCAGUCAGCUAGCCUAACUAUCUACUAAAAUCAGAUUAUGUCAGCUCUAUGGAGCUUUACUGCUCACUUUAACAAGACAGUGUAUGUCCAUUAAUUUAAUAUAUUUGGCAGCUCUUCCAAGCACUGACUGUAUUUUAAAAAAAAAAAAAAAAAAGGAACCCUAGCCCUAGCUCUAACACUAACGUUAGCUAAGCUUUGGAAAUCAGGUAAACAUUGGAGCUACAGUGAUUGACUUAACGUUAGCUAAACUGGUUACUGGAACAAAGAAAGUGACGAAGUUAACGGCGAGGUUGCUCAUAUCUAUAGAGCUUUACUGCUGGCUUUUGUAAGAUGGCUUAUGGCUUACGUUAGCUUAUCUUUGAAAAUCAAGCUAACGUUGGUGCAACACUGAGUGACAAACAUAACUACUUCAAUUCAGUUCAUUGAAUUUAUUUGUGACAUAAAAUCAUAAAAUAUGAUUUCAGUAAAAUGUACAGUAACAUUAUCUUCAUCCCGAUCUUCACUGAGAUGUUAUUUUUGCAGAAAAUAAUGGUAGUCUACUAAAACGUUAACAACACAAUACACAAAACAAACUAAAUCAUUUCAACAAUUUGAAAGUUACAAAGCUAACUUUGUAAAGUGUCGUCUUUCAAUUCUACCGUAAUGUUAUUAAUUUUGCCUCUAACCUUGUUAACCUAACCAUGUUUUGUACAUACAUAUUGGUAAUAUUAUUGGUCAAUAAUGGUCAACCAUUUUAUAUACGUUAUCGAUUAUUUCGUAACCACCUCAGUGUCUUUGAUAGCUGUGAGCGCCAUUAGCUAGUCAGUCAAUGUAGCACCAAUGUAGCCUGAUUUUUGGCACUUAGCUAACGUUAGGUCGCUGUUGCUCUUUUUUACACUCGGUGCUUGAAAAAUCAUCCAUCAUUUAAAAGGCCAAUGGCCACUGGAACCCAGGACUUUUUAAAUCUGCCUGCGGCCUCAAGCCUUUGACCAAAUCACAGCCGUGAUGAUAUACAGUACAACAUCACUCCUUUUCGUGUGAUAUUGCUUAAGUGACAACAACUACCUUAAAUAACAGAAACCAUCUUUGGAAAAAAAUUGUCAAAAACAUGUCCCAUCCACUAACAUGGCGGGGGCAAAGUUUGUGACCAGUGGGUGAUUGAGAUGUUUCAGCUUCACCUUUUGAGAGCUGUCAUAUUCUCCAUCUUUAUAUACAAUCUAAGGAUAACCUUAAAUAAAUGAAAAAUACUUUUAGCAAUAUGUACAAAGCUAACUGUAAAAAGCUAAGCCACUAAUUUAGGAAUGAAAAAGAACUGUAAUCACUCAUGUCGGAGGUGAAGGUACCGUUAUUUUAGAUUUGAUAGGAAGUAAACAGAUAUAAAGUUUAUGAAACAAUUAGGCUUAUACUUCACGCUGCAUUCUUUAGGCAAAGAAUUUGGUAUGAUUCACUAUCAAGCAGACUCCUUGGGUACAACUGAACUGCUUCUUUAGAGGGGCAGUUACCAAGUCAUCUCUUAGUCGCUGUACUAUACUUGCCAAGUGCCAAGCCAAAGGAACAGUGGUCUCUUUGAUAGCUGCUCUCACACUGUCCUUGUGCUCUCAAAUGGCGAGACACUGAUUUAAAGAGAGUUAGUGACAGAAAAAAAACUUGAUGUCACAAAGUGACAUUUUAAUGGUUUCAUUUUUGUUUUCUUAGAUACUGGACAGCUGGUAGGGUAAAUUAUUAUUUUUGUUCUUGCAGUUAUCAUUUUGCAUCCAAGUACAGGAAGAACUGAGCCUCUGUCCUGUGUAUGUUCAUUACAGUGAUUUUUUUUUUUUUUUUUGCACAAGGGAAAAACAACUCGCUCAAGUAGAAGCCAACACGACAGACACGACAGUUGUUGUUUUUUUUCUUUGUUUUUGUACUUGCAAGCCUUGCAGAUGGAAAACUUGAUUUGAAAUUGUAUCUUUCUUUAAAAUAUGUUAUUUAAGAGUGAUAAAUGUGACCGUGCCAUAUUGUCAAUGCCGCAACAAAGGAUAACUCUGCAUGGAAAGUGCAUGGAGUGCACCACAAAAAAAAAAAAAAAACAACCUCGAACUCAAGGUACAGAACACAUGUCGAUAGUUUAGUGCUUUAUGCUUUUAUUUGUACUCCUUGUCUGUUAAACUGAAUAAGGUCCAGUGCCUUUUUGGAUGUAUUAAGGCACAAAGGAUCAUUCAAACGAGGGAUAGUUCUCGCUGACUUUCUUGGCCACACUGCAGAUCAAUCAAUAUGUCAUAGUGACCCCUGACAUCAUAUUACAUCAAAGAGAGCUGCACACUGCUGGACCAAGUUCAUGAAGUGAAGCAAAGUCUAAUCAUUUCAAGUCUAAAUGCACAUGUUGCUCUCCAGGACUCGAACUUGAUGAACACUUGGACCAAUUUGUUUUACUUAUUGUGAUGUGUCUUAUUUGCACCUUUUUAUUUGUCUCUCCUGUCCAGUAUUGUGAAUGAGUGAAAUGUGACAUAGUGAGAAUUUUGAGUAAGCAUGGUGAUUUUUUAAACAUGUAUGUGCUUUUGGUACACAGGUUGUAUUUGUUUAUCUAUUUCCAUUACAUUCUGAUUCAUGCCUUUAUUCCAUCCUAUCUGAGUGAUUAAAGGAGCUGAGAUUUUCUUAUUAAAAGGGAGAUGAAUUUGUCAUGUAAAUAUUGGUCUAUUACUGUAAUGGCCAAUUAGUUUUAGAUCGCCAAGCAUUCUUUAAAAGUCUAGUUGUUCAAAAGCUACUUCUGGUCCAAAUAAACUGCAGUUGUUGCCAACAGAAAA